AUGGAAGACGGCCAGAAAGUUCUCGUCGGUUGCAUCGGUGGCUCUGGGUUGUACAACCUCGACAACCUGACUCCUGUCAAGACCCUCGAUAUCACCACCCCCUGGGGCAAGCCUUCUUCUCCCAUCACCAUCUCCUCUCUCCCCACCGGCGAGCUCAUCGCCUUUAUCUCUCGUCAUGGAACUGCACACACCAUUACCCCCACCGAGGUCCCCGCGCGCGCCAACAUUGCCGCUCUCAAGCACAUUGGUGUCGAGGCCAUCAUUGCCUUCUCUGCCGUCGGCUCUCUGAGGGAGGAGAUUGCCCCGGGAGACUUUGUCAUUCCCAACCAGAUCAUUGACAGAACCAAGGGUAUCAGGGAGGACACCUUCUUCAGGGGUGAGGGGCUCGUCGUUCACUCUAUGUUUGGGGAGCCAUUCAGUGAGAAGCUCAAUGCGUUCGUGGCGCCCCGAGUGGAGAAGAUCUUGAAGGCGCAGGGCGAGAUCAAGUUGCACACUGAAAAGACUGUUGUGUGUAUGGAGGGCCCUGCGUUCUCUACCCGAGCCGAGUCCCUCAUGUACCGUCAAUGGGGCGGCGACAUCAUCAACAUGUCUGUCAUCCCCGAGGCCAAGCUCGCCCGUGAAUGUGAACUCGACUACACCCUUAUUUGCACUUCCACCGACUUUGACGCCUGGCGAACCGGUCACGACCCCGUCACUGUUGAAGAGGUCGUCAAGACGCUUCACACCAACGCCGGCAACUCGCGAGCUGUCGCUGCUGGCAUCCUCCAGGAGGUACACGCGCUUGUCAGCGAGCGCAAGGUCCUGACUGAUAUCAAGGGGAGCAUGAAGUUUGCUUGUGUUACCAGGGCUGAUGUGCAACCUGUUGAGUCCAGGAAGAAACUGUCUUACAUCUUGCCUUACUUUUCCGACUAG